AUGCAGAACGGCUCGUCAAAAACAGGCAGAGGGGUGACGGUCAACGGGACACUGUCCACCCUGAAGAGGCCGCUGAGGCCUAAAAUCUCAUCCAUCAGGCAGGAGCGAGGAUCCUGUUCGUCGACGGCCUCUUGUCCGGUGUUCUCAGGAUGUCAGAGCGAUCUGGAUGAAGAUCCGCUAUCACGAUGCCCAUCGAGUCUCUCCUCACCCUCUCUACACGGGUCAGUUUCCACCUCAGCGGCCGCUGUGAAGAGCUCGCUCUCCAGCCGGCAGGGUUCAUUGUCCAGCCUCAAGAGCUUCCCGACUUCUUCAACCCUUCAGAGCUCAAACUUCAGUCUGUGCAGCUCCAGUCCGAGUCUCAGGAGCUCCAGCUCCAGUCAUCGCAGCUCCAGCGAGGACGACAGCUGGGACACCAACAGCUGGAGCUCCGGAGCCACAUGUCUCCUGAGGAGCUCCAUAAAACAGCACAGCGAGGAGGUGUUCAGAGUGCGCGCCGGCUCCGGGUGUCGACCCGAGGGAAUGAGCGAUUCUGAGACCGGCUACCGGAACUCCGACAGCUGUCAGGACAGCGUGCUGGGUUUUGAAAGCCACGAGGGAGCAGAGCGAGUUGCCGUUGGACGUAGAGACUCCUCGCAGAGCUUGACCUCCAGUCAGGGCACUUCUGUUGCUUCAACGACAUCAACGGAUCUCAAACAGAAGAUUGAAGAGAAGCUCAAGUUCUCUCAGUUUCUCAAUGAGGUCACAUGCAGGGUGCUGGACCCCGAGUGUCUGGAAGCCUUUGGUGCGGUCCGUCAGAAAGACACGCCACAAAGUCCGACUUCUACCUCACACUCCGUCACCGUCAGUCCCUGGUUGAGCUCCAUUAGAGAUUCUCUGUCAAACGGCCAUGAGAUUAAUGGACCCGCCUCUGUGUGCCAGUGGGCCAAGUGUUUGCCAAGCUGUAAGAUUCUGGAUGCUAAUGAGAUCCUGAGAAGAACUCAAGAGGAAUCAGCCUUCAUUGAGACAUCAGGAAGAACCUACCUGGAGACUGAUAUCGACCAAGUGCGGAGAGAAGAUGAAAUAAACUCCACACACACAAGAGAAAGACAGCUGGAUAAGAGGUGCUCACAAGAGGCUUCUCGUAGGACCCUCGACAGAAAGAAAAGCUCCAGUCCAGUUUCAAACUGCUCAGAUGGCGCGCCGAGACCGCCGUACCGAUCCACGUCAUUACCGAGACCUGUGAGCAGCAACACGAUGAACAGAGCUGUGUGUGAUGUGGACACUCACGGCAGCAGUUCUCCGCUGGAUCAGAAGGAAGAUCUGCGCAAGCAUCUCACGUUGACGACUCGUAAGCUGCAGUGGCUGGAGAACGAGUUUGAGUCGACACGUCAGUAUCUGGAGACCGAACUGAGACAAGCUCAAGAUGAACUGGAGAAAUUCACAGAGAAACUGCGCAGGAUUCAGAGCAGUUAUGCGGCUUUACAGAGAAUCAAUCAGGACCUGGAGGAGAAGAUCCAGCGCACGACGGAGCAUCAUGAGCAGGAGAAGAGAGCUCUGAGUCGAGAGAUCAUCGUUCUCAAUAAUCACCUGAUGGAGGCCAAAAUCACCAUCCAGAAACUGCGAGAAGAUAAUGAUCUGUACAGGAAAGACUGUAAUCUGGCAGCUCAACUCCUCCAGUGUGGAAAAUCUCCUUUUAGAGCACACAAACUCUCAGAGCUUCCCAUCGAUUUCCAGGAACGAGUAAGUUCUCACAUGGAGAAGCAGGGUCACAGACGAAAUAUUGCUCAGCGGAACUAUCAUUCUGAAGCCGUGCCCACCGCCAUCAUUGGCAAAGUCCUGGAGAAACCAGAACCAGUCAGAAGCUGUCCAGUGACGCACUCACCCACUCCACAAACACACGACGCAGAACGCCUGAGCCACGGCGGGACGACUGACAAACUCCAGCGGCGCGUCACCUGUAAGACCUCAGACCUGUACUGCAGCGACACGGCGCUCUACUGCCCCACAGAUGAGCGGCAGCGAGACCGCUGGCACGAACGCAGACAGAGCGUGGAUGUUCACGCCAGAGACACCGACCGGAUACGAGGAGAGAAUUCCACUGACAGCAAUCCUGAAGACGAAGGUUUCUACCUGAACUUCCUCCCUCAUGAAGAGCCUUUCCACGGAUUCACUCUUCCGGCCUCCAGCUCGAAUUCCAGCUUCAGCGCAGCGUCAGAAGAGAAAGCUCACGCAUCGUCGUACAUGGACUGGCGAGAGCGUAAGAACUCUUCCUCGUAUGAGAAGGAUGGUCCUGGUUUUCCAAAGUCUAUCAGUUUUCAGCAGGUCGCUCACAGCUCACAGAACGGUGGUUCUCCUGGUUACUACGGCGAGUUGUACCACAUACCUCAUCUCUCGCCGUCCUCCGGCGUUCACGGGGACGGACGUGGCAUCGUUGGCAUCACUGAGGACAAUCUGACGGGCCGCUGGAGGCAGAGGAGCGUAGAAGACGUGAACAGCCUCCCGUUUGGACGUGUCUCGCCCUUCAGUCUCUCAGAACAACACUUCGCAGCGGGUCCGUCAAAGAUCAAACCGUUCAGCAGCUUCCAGGAGAGAGACGACGUGUUCCACACACGCAUGCCGGAUCAGAGUUUCUCCGCUUCAGCCCGCUCCAGUCCUGUACAAAACCCAAAGAGCCGGAGUCUCAAUCUCUUGAAGACUGACAGAGGACUGAUGUUGAGCUCAAAAGAUGGAGGUCAGAGGUCAAAGAGCAGCUGCUUCAUGUCUGUAAAAGGGCAGCAGAACACCACAGAUGGUCUGAGGAAAGAUUACGAGAGUCUCAAUAGUUCAGUUGAGUCUUAUCAUCAAAGUCUCAAAGCGUCUGUUGUCCAGCACCACACAAAGGAUCUUCAGAGUCUGAAGAAAACACUACAGUACCAGACGUCUGGAAACACGGGACUCAGUCGAAAAGACAGUCUGACCAAAGCGCAGCUGUAUGGAACACUGCUCAACUGA